AUGAAGCGGGAGCGAGGUGACGGAGUUGCCCAGAGCGGCGCUGACGAGGACGAGGAUGCGCCCUUCCUAACUCGAUUUAGUUCGUCCUACGACGCCGCUGCGGCCGCCCCACAGCAGCAGCCAGUGAAGCAAAAAAGGCAGCGACAAACGACUCCCGCCGGCCCUGCGCGGGUUGCCCCCACGACGUGCAAGGCACCCUCCCCCGACUUGGCCGACGCCUCCAGGGAAGAGGAGGGAGAGAAAAAAUACCUCUUCGACAAGGCAGUGAGGACUGCGAUGCGGCCGUCAGUGACGGCGCAGUUCAAGAUGAUGUGGUGUUGGCCCGCACCUCCGACGAAUCCGUCGGACGUGGUGUGUGAGGCGGGUCCCAGAGGCGUUGGGCCCACGUUUGUCGUUGAGCUCCGCGGGGACCCGCGGCUUCGGGAAGAAAACCGCCAGGUGGCCGUUGUGGUGAACUGCGGUGAGCGAUUUUUGCUGCCGCCUUUGCCGAGACCGCGUGAAGGCAACUCUGGACAGAGCACAGGCGUCUUUUGGCGCACACCUCAAAAGCCGUACCAGGCUGCGCCACCGUCCUACGCGGAACUUCUCAUUGGAACUGUAGAGGAGCUUGAGCGUGUUUCGAACCUCGUUCAGGAAUUUCCUCCCUCUGCUGAUGUACAAGCCGCUGGGGCGGCAGCUGGUGGUGGAGUGUCUGCGCAAGAAAAAGAGAUGAACCCCUUUGACCGAUUGCGAACCUUCUACUUUCGAUCCUUGCCGUACCGCACCUUGUGGCUUUACCAGUUUCCCGAGUGCCUUAUCGUUUCUCUGCCAUAUGAAGAGCGCUUGCUUUCGCUAAAUUUAGAGCGCAGCACGCACACCACCCAUGUCUCUUCGCGGCUGUCGACGAAAUGCAUUGAAUGCACUGACUCACUUCGUCUGCCUUCAUGUGUAGUUCCCCUCGAUAUCAGUGAGGUCUACGACAGACCUUUCGUAGCCGUUGGGACAGUGUGCCAUGGAGUUCUUCUUGUGCUGCUUGAAAACGGAGUCUGCGUGAGCGUCGUGCACCGUGUACCACUUUUGGGGCUUUCCACAUCGAUGUUUCCAGUGGCACACGUCUGCGCCGUUUUUCCGCCUCGGCGCUGCGACAAGGACGAGAGCGGCACACUCGGAGUGUGGGGAGCCAAAUCCGCCCUUCUCUCAGCGUGUCUGGAGGGAGUCAUUCUGUGCGCCUCGCCGUAUGAAAACCGCACCGUUGUAGUGAAGUGCACCUCCGCUGGUGGAGAUGGUUGCGGAUUUGAGCCACCUCCGCCCACGAGAACCGUGGCGGGAUUUCUCUGUUCCACACCGUACUCCUCUCCGGCGUUUGGCCCUGUGAUUGCCACCUUGGACGGCAAGCUGAUGCACUUCGUGGUGGAGGACGCGAGGCUGGCGGAGACAGACGGGAAUGCCGCGACGUCUCCCAGCAAAGACCGUCGACAGCACUACGGCGCCUUCGACGCCGUGCGUCCGGAGGUGGUGUAUGACAACGCCACGCGGCCGCUGCUGGGCGUGACGCCAAACCACUUCUGUGAGGGCGGUCCAGUGCGACAGAAGGUGUCACACGCACGCUACCAACCGAGCUUCGCCCGUCACUGGCUGUGUUUGACAACCGUUGCGCACGAAGUAAUUCUGCUGGACCGAAAGGUAGCCAACUACGCAAAGCACAGCGCAAUCACCCUCCGGAUUCCGACGUCACCCCCGCCCACGGCCCCUGCGUCUGCCACUCAGAACUGCCCAAAGAAAGCGACAAGCGACAAGCGGAAAAAAGCGCCUUCACCUGCUGACGAUGGAGUUCAAGGUGGUUCUAGCAGUGAUACGGUGUAUCCUGCCGCGCCAGAGGACGCCAUCAGCGGCAUUUCGUGGCUGCGCGUGAGUGACGGUGUGCUGCAGGUUGUUGUGACACACCACAAGAACUGGGUAACAGUGGUCACAUGGAACGUCUAG